AGCUUCAACCGCCGGAAAAACUAAACAACCUUCUUGGAAAAAAAGAGAAACUAAAAAUGAACUAUCCUUCAAACCCUAACCCUAGCUCCACAGAUUUCACUGAAUUUUUCAAGUUCGAUGAUUUUGACGAUACUUUUGAGAAGAUCAUGGAAGAAAUCGGCCGUGAGGACCACUCGUCGUCACCGACUUUGAGUUGGAGUUCAUCGGAAAAGUUAGUGGCUGCAGAAAUCACAAGCCCGCUUCAAACAAGCCUAGCUACCUCACCUAUGAGCUUUGAAAUAGGUGACAAAGAUGAAAUCAAAAAGAGGAAGAGACACAAAGAAGAUCCGAUUAUUCACGUCUUCAAAACGAAAUCAUCAAUUGAUGAAAAGGUUGCUUUAGAUGAUGGGUAUAAAUGGAGGAAAUACGGAAAGAAGCCGAUAACGGGUAGUCCAUUUCCAAGGCAUUAUCACAAGUGUUCGAGCCCAGAUUGCAACGUGAAGAAGAAGAUCGAAAGAGAUACGAACAAUCCAGAUUACAUAUUGACAACAUACGAAGGUAGACAUAACCACCCAAGCCCUUCUGUAGUUUAUUGUGAUUCAGACGACUUUGAUCUUAACUCUCUCAACAAUUGGUCCUUUCAGACGGCAAAUACGUAUAGUUUCUCUCAUUCUGCUCCAUAUUGAUCGAUCGUAGUUACAAGUUUGUGUAUAUAGAUGUAUAUAUAUAUAUCACCAAUUCACCAUCGUAAUCACGUCUCACAUGUAACUACGUACAUAUAUCUUGUUCGGGGUUCGUUUUGUAAUGUAUUGAAUUGGUGGAGGUAGAAUGGAAGUCAUCUUGUAUAGUUGUACUUGUAUGUAAGGUUUGAUAGUCAUUUUUUAUAAAGUAACUAAUUUGUACAUGAGUCUCUUUUAUCGCCCUUUGUAUAUGUUGAGCUUUAGAGGAUCGGUGUAGAUUUCUGUGCAUAUUGUACCUAAGAGCAUCCACA